CACCGGUCCGUUUAUGAAGAUAUAACCUUGUUAUGAAUGAUAGAUGGCCUUAGCUUUUAACCAAACUGGCUAGCUCACGAACCAGUCUCAGUGGGCGACCAGCCAGCCAAUGAUACAGCUGAGAGUGGACUGACAGCUUGGCAGCUUUACACAGACACAUGGCUCUGCUACUCAGCUAGCCACAGGAGACAACACAACCCGACACUACACUAACAAAAUGUUCCAGAAAACAUCAUUCACCACGCUGAUUGUGGGGGUGUUUGUGGUGUAUGUGCUCCACACCUGCUGGGUGAUGUAUGGGAUAGUGUACACCAAACCCUGUGAUAGCCCCAAAGGAGACAACUGUAUUACACCAUUCUUGGCAGGGAAACCUAAACUACAGUUGAGUAUCUACAGUUCACUGCGUCCCAAUGCAGAUGGAGGACAUACUCUGAUCCACAAAGAGGAGAACUUUGAUAUCAACAACAAAUUUGAGAGGAUCAUCAACGUAUCCCUCCCUAAGAAGACUCGUAACAAUGGGACUUUGUAUGCAAUUAUAUUUGUCCAUCAAGCUGGCGUCACUCCAUCACAGGACCCAAGACAGGUUCACAUGGUCGCUCAGCUCACCACCUACAUGGUCCCUAAACUGCCUGAAAUCUCUCUGAUAGCUGGAGAAGAUGAAACACAGGAGGAGGAGGAAGAACCCCAGCAGAAGAAACAGGGUAAUGGCAACCCUGCAGCAGGGGGAGGAGCUGGGGGCGGGGCCUAUUCUGUGUUGGACCAUCCGGUCUCCCAUUGGCGAUCCCGCCUGACACUCAACAUUGUCAGUGACCUUUUCUUCUUUGAUAGAGAACACCUGCCUGUGGAUAUGCAAAGAUACCUCAGAGUGUUCCAUAAUGGUAAGAAGAUCGUGUAUCUACCUCUGCUCUUUGUUGAUGAGCUCAGCAACAGAGUCAAGGACCUAGUGGAGAUUAACAGCACCACCAAGGAACUCCUUCUGACUAUUUCCUAUGACCCCAUCUCUCUGGGGAGGCUGCGAUUCUGGAUGCACAUGCAAGAUGCUGUGUAUUCACUACGGCAGUUUGGAUUCACGGAGAAGGAUGCCGAUGAGAUUAAAGGGAUCUUUGUGGAUACUAACCUGUACUUCCUGGCUCUCACCUUCUUCGUCGCUGCCUUCCAUCUCCUCUUUGACUUCCUGGCAUUUAAAAAUGAUAUCAGCUUCUGGAAGCAGAAGAAAAGCAUGGUGGGAAUGUCAAGUAAAGCAGUGCUGUGGCGUUGUUUCAGCACCUUAGUGAUUUUCCUCUACUUGUUUGAUGAGCAGACCAGCCUGCUGGUGCUAAUACCUGCUGGAAUUGGUUCUAUCAUUGAGGUGUGGAAGGUGAAGAAGGCCUUCAAGAUCCAGGUUUUCUGGAAAGGAGCAAAACCGACAUUCCUGUUUGGGAAAUUGGAUGAAUCAGAGAGGAGAACAGAAGAAUAUGAUACUUUGGCGAUGAAGUAUCUGUCCUAUCUACUGUACCCACUGUGUAUCGGAGGGGCUGUGUAUGCACUAAUAUUCCUACGAUAUAAGAGUUGGUAUUCCUGGUUGAUCAACAGUUUGGUCAAUGGUGUUUACGCCUUUGGUUUCCUCUUCAUGCUCCCUCAACUCUUUGUCAAUUAUAAGCUGAAAUCUGUGGCCCAUCUGCCCUGGAAGGCCUUCAUGUAUAAGGCGUUCAAUACCUUCAUCGAUGAUGUCUUUGCCUUCAUCAUCACAAUGCCAACCUCCCACAGACUGGCCUGUUUCAGAGAUGAUGUGGUCUUCCUCAUUUACCUCUACCAGAGAUGGCUCUAUCCAGUAGACAAGACAAGAGUCAAUGAAUAUGGAGUGUCGUAUGAUGAGCAGCCCAAAGGAAAGUCUCACAAGGAUUAAACAGCGGAGAUGGACUUUUGACAGUCUGGUCCAGUUUUGGA